AUGUACCGCAAGCGAGUGGAAAAGCACCUCGCAUCGGUUUCUCUCCUUGUAGCCAACUUUCAAGCGAAACAAGAGAAAGCUCAAGCCGUGCGAGACGAGGAACUUGCCAAGCUGAAAAAGGUCAUCGAGGAGUUCGAGAGUAAAGGGCCGUGUGCGACGUAUGAAGAGUUCAAGGAGUCCGAGAAGCAUCGUAGGUCUGAUGCCUAA